CAGACCGGUGAAACAUGGGGCGGCAAUCCGUAUACUGUCGGUGCCAAUUUCAAUGUCACUUUGAUCAAUCAGCCGUCACAUAUCGAGAUUCAUGUCAAUCAGGCAUUCUUCGUGAACUUUAACCAUCGAGUUGCCAAUCCGUCGAGGGAUUAUCAAGUUUUGAAUUUCCACGAAAGUGUCGUUAUCACGAAAUAUGAGAUUACCAAGUAA